ACAAGAAGAAGCGUAAAUAAAAUAAAAUACAUUAUUUAUGUACAUUUUAAUUUUUUACAAUAAAAAUUAAGAGGAAAGUAUGAUUGAAAAAAAAGCGGAGAAGGUAAAACAUGAAACAAAACCUCGCGAUGAUGGCGUCGAUUUGGAAAAUCAAUUUAUACUUCGAUUACCAGAGGAGCCCGCAAAAGCAUUACACGAAGCACUGCAAACGGGUAAUCUUAAGGAUCGGAUGACAAUUAAAUUGGACAAUGAGCUUCGCUAUGGCGAGUUACGUUUUGAUCAUUGGCUAUUACAUGCGAAAGUGGUGGAUUUGCCAACAAUCAUUGAAUGCCUCAAGACCAUAGAUAACAAGAACUUCUACAAAUCUGCUGAUAUUUGUCAACUGGUGAUAUGUAAAGAAGAGCCUGAUGCUUUAGAUACAGAAAAAGAAUCGCCCAACAAGGGCAAAAAGAAGGAUCCCAAUAAGGUGGACAAGAAAUAUUUGUGGCCUCAUGGUAUUACGCCACCAUGCAAAAAUGUAAGAAAACGUCGUUUCCGUAAAACGUUAAAAAAGAAGAAUGUUGAGGCACCUGAAAUUGAGAAGGAAGUAAAACGACUUUUACGCAUAGAUAAUGAUGCCGUAAAAGUGGAGUUCGAAAUUAUUAAUGAAGAUUUAGACAAACGAUCUUUAGAGCAACAAUCCAAGGAAUAUAACGAAGGCGAGGAAGAAUACAACGACGAAACUAUGAUUGAAGGUGAUAAGAACAACGACUCUUCUUCACAAAAAGACAUAAACGUGGAAUCGGAUGGUGAUUAUGAAGAUGGACCUUCUGGUUCAGCACCUAUUGGUGGUGUAGGUGAACAUGAUAUCUUUGGUGAAGAGGUAUCUUCAUCCGAUGAUGACGAAGAUAUGCGACGCGACACAUCUCGUAUGCGAGAGCUCGAGGAAAUAUCAAGACUAUCGGCGGAUGACUCGCGUAUGUCUGACUUUUCGAUUGGAGGCAAUGGAGGUGGCGAUGUUGCUGGCACCUCAACCAGUAUAAUUGGUGGAGCUAGUGCCGAUAAUGCGAACAGUAUGAAUAACUUGAAAGAAAACGCAAAUGUAUUCGACAAGUCCAUGUUUGGUAGUCCAACGGCCGAUGCAGAGGACAUAGUAUCGAAAUUCAGUGGUUCCAAUUCGAAUUUAGCAACAACAAGCGGUUAUUAUGAAGAACAAAAGCGUAACGACUACGAUGACGACUACUCAAGUGAAACUAAUACAACAACACCACAGAUGAGCGCGGAACAAAUUCAGAGUAGAAUAUCGGAAUUGCGUAGGCAAUACGAAGAUUUAAAAACUCAACACACACAGAAAGCUCAAGAAAUUUCAUCCAUACAAAAUCCUACAUUGAAACAACGCCUGCAAGAGACCUUGGACAAUUUGCAAAAUCAAAUGGACGAAAAGGACGCGGAAAUUAAGGACUAUGAAAGCAUGUUGUAGGGGAGAGUAAAAAGAAGCAAUGAUGAUUAUUUAAAAUAUGAAAUUAAUUUUAGAAGAAUAUGUAGGCUUAUUUGAUUUGAUUGAAAAUAUGUACAUAUGUAUAUGUGCAUAUACAUGUUUAACAAAUCAAAGGUUUUUAUUUCUUUAGGAG